GUGAGAUGAGGAGGCUCCAUCAGAGUGAGACUAUUACAGAGCAAUUUAAGGCAUUUCAGCAAGUUCCAAAAAACUCGAUGCUCAGUAGUAAUAACGUAGCUACUUCUUUGUUGACCAACUUUGCAGCAAUAAUUGAGAGUAACUAAAGCAAAGAGAGGGUCAGGAAAAUCCAGAAAGUCAGGAAAGUCUAGAAAGUCAGGAAAAUCUAAUCGAAGAGACCGAUCAACAAGUUCUGUAUCAACAGCAAAGAGGAGUUUUAUUAAUCAAGGAUUGAGUGCAGUUCCAAAUAAAAUUGCGGAAAAGAUGAGAAGGAAGAGCAGUAGCAAAAUUAAAAAGGAAGACUUUCAAAAUACUUCAUCCUCAAAGACAUUUAUUAGUCGAAUGCCUCAUACAGGGCUUCCUAAAUCUCAAAUUAGGAACUCUAAAGGUCUUAAAAAGGCAGUUAAUGGCAAGAUUAGAGCUAGCUCUAUUGAUUCAACUCAAAAACAGAAUUCUACAUCUCUUGUUAAGAAUUUUAAUUCAGGAAUGGACUCCAGCAUUAAGAUAAGACUGAGAGAGCCUCCUGAGGCUAAUGAAAGUGUUAUGCCUAAGAAGGAUAGUGCAGAGAGUAAAGCCAUUUCUUCAGCUCUUAAUGAUUCUCCUAAGACAAAUAACCUUGUCAAGCGUCUCAAGACUAUUUUUGAGAAAAGAGAAUAGCAAGCGAGAAUCCUCCCAAGGAAAUCAUUCAGUUAAGAAAGAAAAUCAGGUGAACUCUGGUCAGAUAAAGAAGCGCCAAAGUCAACAGAACGUUCUAGUCUCAAACAAAGGUUUGAGAAGAAGAUCUGGUGUUAAAAGUAAUUGAAAGAACAAGAGAAACAAAAGGCUUACUAUUGCAAACGAUAUCUCCUUACGUAACAGGAUAUUAUCUCCUAAUGAGGAAAAUAAGCAGCCCAUUAUUAGAAUCCACCAGUCUUUUAAGUCUCCUAAAAACCCACAAAUUCCUUCUAUUAUUAACGACGAGGAUUACCCAACAUGCGAGAACAUUGACAUUUAAAUUCUUUCAGAAUACUUCUAAAGAAAAUGAAUUAGAACAAUCAGAAGAACGAAAACUAAUCACAAGCAAGUGAACGCUCAAGUUCAAGGGAUCAGUCAAGAAGAGGGCUUUUCCUAAGAAAAUGUCGAUUAUCAAUCCUUCAUUGGGACCGAAUAAAAAGUAUUUAAAUAGUAAGCCGAAGCAAAAGAGUUCAAAUGAGAAGACAAAGAGUUCAAAUGAGAAGACAAAGAAUGUAAAAUAAGGGCAACAAAGAUAUUGAUAUCAAAGCUAAACCUUUAAAGAAGAAUUUGAAAUCUAAGAAUAACUCGAAAAAUACAAGACUGAAGAAGAAACAUGAAGAGCAGAUUAAGGAUUGAUCGCAUUCUGAAAACUCCUCGGUCUCGCAAGUGAGCAAGCGUUCUGCUUCUAAAAUUGAUGAGACUAAAAUUGAUCCUCCAGUUAGUAAAUUCAAGCAGGAACCAAAACCUGAGGUGCCUCAAACUUCUGGCAUAAAUAUAGACAUAGGAUCGAAUAAAAUUGUUGAGAAAUUUAAGCAACCAAAGGCUGAUAAUGAAGAGUCUAAUUCUCAGUAUAGCUAUGACUUUAUUGAAUAAUUUAUCUUCAAUCAACCAUA